AACAGUCUCACCUUGACUUUAUGAAGCCAAAGGUGAACUAAGUAUAGAUCAGCAACAUUACUCAGUGCCAAAAGCCUGGGAUAGGCUAGGUGACCUGUUGAAAAGCCUGUUAGAUGUCCUGCAAAGGUAAUUGAAUAUUCCCCGAACACGGCCUUAAUUUAAACCAGACGCACAACUGCAGCGAGUGCGCGGGGGUGGGGAUAAAAGAAAAACGGUGCUCGGGUUUCUCUAAUGUGGUCCGCUGUGACGGAUGAAAUAACAUUCCGGAUAGACUGUCUGGGGCUCCAGGGAUCUUCGAGGCAAGGGGCCUCAUCAUGAGUGGUCGCUUGUAAUGGCGCUCGGUGGAUGUAAUCUUCAUCGCGGAGUGAAACGCGUCCUCGACACCCGGAUGUUGCGAAGAUGCGCUCGCGGAGCUCAAGGCAUCAGCAUCAGCACCAGCAUCAGCAUCAUCCACACUAGUCAAAACAUGAGAGAUGAGAUGGUUUAAUGCAGCCACGCGAACUGGAAUAUAGCAAAUAAUAAAGACAUUUUCAAUGUGGAGGAGGGGAUGGACGAGCCAGAGGAACCGACUGAAGGGGCAAACUAUGCCAGUGGCACCAGAGCCCCCGUCUCUAGUGAUGCUCCUCCUGUCUGGUUGGAAGCACCGUCGAUCACCAGCCAUCAUUCGCCGGCCCAGUCCGCCGCGCUCUCCUGGCAGGCUGCGAUUAAUGCCGCCAGACAGUCUCAGGGCACCCCCAAAACCAUGAACUUCUCUGCUGCUGCAAGCACUGCUCCAGCCGGCUCGCUCGCCCAGAGGAAACGUCAGCAAUAUGCCAAAAGCAAGAAACAGGGAAGCACCACUAAUAGCAGACCUCCAAGAGCACUUUUCUGCCUGACUCUCAAUAAUCCUGUGCGCAGAGCAUGCAUUAACCUAGUGGAGUGGAAACCUUUUGAUAUCUUUAUACUGCUGUCAAUAUUUGCCAACUGUGUGGCCUUAGCUGUUUACAUCCCCUUUCCUGAAGACGAUUCCAACUCAACUAAUCAUGAUUUGGAAACGGUAGAAUAUGCCUUCCUGAUAAUUUUCACGAUUGAAACCUUCCUCAAGAUCAUAGCUUAUGGACUUGUGAUGCACCAAAACUCCUAUGUGAGAAACGGCUGGAAUAUGUUGGAUUUUGUCAUCGUCAUAGUAGGUCUCUUCAGUGUCGUGCUGGAGCUGGUAACCAAAGAUCGAGAUGUCAGCGGGCAGUCAGGUGGCAAGCCGGGCGGGUUCGAUGUCAAGGCUUUACGAGCAUUUAGAGUUCUGCGGCCCCUCCGCCUGGUGUCAGGAGUGCCAAGCUUACAGGUAGUGCUGAACUCCAUCAUUAAAGCCAUGGUUCCUCUGCUGCACAUUGCUCUGCUUGUACUCUUCGUCAUCAUCAUCUAUGCCAUCAUCGGGCUGGAGCUGUUCAUCGGGAAGAUGCAUGCAACCUGCUAUCUGAACGGCACGCGUGCAUUAGCAGAGGAGGACCCAGCUCCCUGUUCUCUUACUGGUCAUGGGAGACACUGCCCUCUCAAUGGCACUAUGUGUAGGGAUGGUUGGCAUGGACCCAACAAUGGCAUCACAAACUUUGACAACUUCCUGUUUGCCAUGCUGACUGUCUUCCAGUGUAUCACCAUGGAGGGCUGGACUGACGUGCUGUACUGGAUGAAUGAUGCUAUGGGCUCUGAGUUGCCUUGGGUCUAUUUUGUCAGUCUGGUCAUUUUCGGCUCCUUCUUUGUCCUCAAUCUAGUAUUGGGCGUUCUAAGUGGAGAGUUCUCUAAGGAGCGCGAGAAGGCCAAGGCUCGUGGAGAUUUCCAGAAACUGCGUGAGAAGCAGCAGCUUGAGGAGGAUCUGAAGGGAUAUCUAGAUUGGAUCACACAAGCUGAGGACAUCGACCCUGAUAAUGAUGAGGAGGGAGAUCAAGAGGCCAAACGCAGCCGGGUGACGCUGGGCGAUCUCACCCACAGGAAGAACACGGGAAACUCGGGCUGGUUCAGUCAGUCCACUGAGACUCAUGGUAAAUUUAGUUCAGUUUGUGUGUUUGAGUGUGACAGACACUUCAUAUGUGCAGCAACAUAUUCCGUUAAAACAACAUUGCAUUCAAUAUAUAUUUGUGUGGCUAAUAAGGUGUUGUUAGCCCUGUUCACAUGCGAGAUGCUGAUAAAAAUGUACAGUCUGGGGCUGCAGGCAUACUUUGUGUCGCUUUUCAACCGCUUCGACUGCUUCGUAGUUUGCGGAGGCAUUGUGGAGACGAUCCUCGUGGAGCUUGAGAUCAUGUCUCCUCUCGGCAUCUCAGUAUUUCGCUGCGUCCGGCUCCUCAGAAUCUUUAAAGUCACACGUCACUGGGCGUCUCUGAGUAACCUGGUGGCAUCUCUUUUGAACUCCAUGAAGUCCAUUGCGUCCCUACUGCUGUUGCUCUUCCUCUUCAUCAUCAUCUUCAGUUUGCUUGGCAUGCAGCUCUUCGGAGGGAAGUUUAACUUUGACGAGACUGUUACCAAACGAAGCACUUGACAACUUUCCUCAAGCCCUGCUGACUGUCUUUCAGGUAUCCUGACGGGUGAGGAUUGGAAUACAGUGAUGUAUGAUGGGAUCAUGGCGUAUGGGGGCCCCUCCUCCUCAGGCAUGCUCGUGUGCAUCUACUUCAUCAUCCUCUUCAUCUGUGGAAACUACAUCUUACUGAACGUCUUCUUGGCCAUUGCUGUGGAUAACCUGGCAGAUGCUGAAAGUCUGAACUCAGCCCAGAAAGAGGAAGAGAAGAGGAACAAGAGGAAGAAAAGCAGGAGUAUGAGCAUACACAAGAGAGAUGGUGACGAUGGAGACGUCAAGGCAUCUGGUGAUCAGGAGGGUGAUCAGGAUCAGACAGAGGACAUGAUUGACUCCUCAGAGGAGGAUGAGAAAGAUGAGCCCGAGGUACCAUCAGGCCCGCGGCCGCUGAGGCUGUCAGAGCUGAGCCUCAGAGAAAAGAUGCCCCCCAUCCCAGAGGGCAGCGCCUUCUUCAUCCUUAGCAACACCAACCCGAUCCGUGUGGCAUGCCAUCGGCUCAUCAAUCAUCAGAUCUUCACCAAUCUCAUCCUCAUCUUCAUCAUGCUGAGCUCCGUCUCGCUGGCAGCCGAGGACCCCAUCCGUAACUUCUCUGCCCGAAACAUUGUUCUUGGUUAUUUUGACUAUGCCUUCACUGCUAUAUUUACAGUGGAGAUCUUGUUGAAGAUGACUGCGUUUGGUGCUUUCCUUCACAAAGGAGCUUUCUGCAGAAAUUACUUUAAUUUGCUGGAUCUGCUGGUGGUUGGAGUCUCCCUCGUUUCCUUCGGCAUACAAUCGUCGGCCAUUUCAGUGGUGAAGAUCUUAAGGAUUCUGCGUGUGCUUCGACCUCUGAGAGCCAUCAACAGAGCCAAAGGACUCAAACAUGUGGUUCAGUGUGUGUUUGUGGCCAUUAGGACGAUUGGGAACAUCAUGAUUGUCACCACACUUCUUCAGUUCAUGUUUGCCUGUAUUGGUGUACAGCUGUUUAAGGGGAAGUUCUACCGCUGUUCUGAUGAUGCAAAGACAAGUCCAGAGGACUGCAGAGGGACGUAUAUCGUGUACAGUAUUGGUGAGACGGCACUGCCACAAAUGCGUGAGAGGAUCUGGUACAACAGUGACUUUAACUUUGAUAAUGUGCUGAUGGCUAUGAUGGCCCUCUUCACCGUCUCAACGUUUGAGGGCUUGCCAGCCCUGCUGUACAAGGCCAUCGACUCAAACAAGGAAAACAUGGGUCCCAUCUACAACUACCGCGUGGAGAUCUCCAUCUUCUUCAUCAUCUACAUCAUCAUCAUUGCCUUCUUCAUGAUGAACAUUUUUGUGGGUUUUGUCAUUGUCACGUUUCAGGAGCAGGGCGAGAAAGAGUACAAGAACUGUGAGCUGGACAAGAACCAGCGCCAGUGUGUGGAGUACGCUCUGAAAGCCCGUCCGCUGAGGAGAUACAUCCCUAAAAACCCGUACCAGUAUAAGUUCUGGUAUGUGGUGAACUCCACGGGCUUUGAGUAUGUCAUGUUUGUGCUCAUCGUCCUCAACACACUGUGUCUGGCCGUUCAGCAUCAAGGCCAGUCACGUCUUUUCAAUUAUGGGAUGGACAUUUUGAACAUGGUGUUCACGGGUGUCUUUGCAGUCGAAAUGAUUCUCAAACUGGUUGCCUUCAAACCAAAGCACUAUUUUGCCGAUGCAUGGAACACGUUUGAUGCCUUAAUUGUUGUUGGUAGCAUCGUUGACAUUGCGAUCACGGAGAUCAAUAACACGGAAGGCAGUGCAAGAAUUUCCAUCACAUUCUUUCGUCUGUUUCGUGUCAUGCGCUUAGUGAAGUUGCUGAGCAGAGGAGAGGGCAUUCGCACGCUCCUGUGGACUUUCAUCAAAUCAUUUCAGGCUCUUCCGUAUGUGGCUCUGCUUAUUGCCAUGUUGUUCUUCAUCUAUGCUGUCAUUGGAAUGCAGGUGUUUGGGAAGAUCGCCAUGGUGGAUGGAACCAGUAUUAAUCGUAACAAUAAUUUCCAGACCUUUCCACAAGCUGUGCUCCUGCUGUUCAGAUGUGCAACGGGUGAGGCAUGGCAGCUAAUCAUGUUGGCGUGUUUGCCUGGCAAACAGUGUGACUCUGAGUCCGACUAUAACCCUGGAGAGGAGAAAAGCUGUGGCAGCAACUUCGCUAUCCUCUACUUCAUCAGCUUCUACAUGCUCUGUGCUUUUUUGAUCAUUAAUCUGUUUGUCGCUGUCAUCAUGGACAACUUUGACUACCUGACGCGUGAUUGGUCAAUUCUUGGACCACAUCAUUUAGAUGAAUUUAAGAGGAUCUGGUCGGAAUAUGAUCCUGAGGCCAAGGGCCGUAUAAAACACUUAGAUGUGGUGACAUUACUGCGCAGGAUUCAACCGCCGCUGGGCUUUGGCAAGCUGUGUCCACAUAGAGUGGCUUGCAAGAGGUUGGUUGCCAUGAACAUGCCACUAAAUAGUGACGGUACAGUCAUGUUCAAUGCCACCCUGUUCGCUCUGGUCAGAACUGCUCUGAAAAUCAAGACUGAAGGGAAUCUGGAUCAAGCCAAUGAGGAGUUACGAGCCGUCAUCAAGAAGAUCUGGAAGAGAACUAGCAUGAAACUCCUGGACCAAGUAGUGCCACCUGCUGGAGGUCAAACACACACACACACACACACACUGGAUUCCAUGUUUUAUGGGGAUGAAGGUCUAGUAGACGUCAACCUCCACGAGGAGGAAGAGAUAUACGAAAACCUCAGGAGUGAUGGAGAACCUCAGCUCAGGACUCACUCCAGAAGGCCGAGCACCAGUGCUGUCGAAUAUCCCAUCAUCCAUGUGGAAAACUCCACCCUUGGUGACAUCAGUGAUGAUGACAGGAACUCUGGGGAGUAUUAUAGCGGAGACGAGUUUAAUGAGGAUGAUGUCAUGCUGGCUACAGACAGGUCAUACUUUCAGGACACUUUGAGUGAUGGUGCUCCAGCUGGACAGCAGGAUACGUGUGAAUGCGUCUGUGAUGAUGGUGAGCAGCUCAUAUCCCAGCAGCCCCAGAGGUCCUCAAAACGACUCCUGAUGUCCACAGCUCAAUCCUCUCACAAACCCGCUUUCCAUUUUGAGUGUCUGCGCAAACAGAACAGCCAAGAUGAGAUUCCCCUGCAUCCAACAGGCCUACCGCAGCAUCAGGUGAAGACGCCGACUGGACAAGAAUCGAGUAGAACACGACUCUCUCCGACUCGCUCCAUCCGCUCCUGGGUCACGCCUCCGGCCACGCCUCCACCCUACACCCCUCUGAUUCAGACCACGCCCAGCGCUAGCAGCACUCCGGGAUUGGUUCACAGGGGCUUCUGGAAUUCCCAGCAGGCCUCUGAUUGGUCGACACGUUCUCCCUCACCCUCGCUCCUGAAGGUUCCCCCCCGACUAAGCGGACAUCACCUGCAGCAGCGGAGCAGCGCUCAAAGCCUGGUGGAAGCCGUGAUGAUAUCUGGUGGAUUGGGCAAAUAUGCCAAGGAUCCAAAGUUUGUGACGGCGACAAAACACGAGAUUGCAGAUGCUUGCGACAUGACAAUUGAUGAGAUGGAAAGUGCUGCUAGCAAUUUACUGAACGUGACGCUAGGCCACGGGCCGGAGGCAGACGAGGCGGGCCUGUGUCAGAACAAUCUGCGUGACUACAGCGAUGAGGAGACGGACACGAGCAAUAAACGCGAGGAGGAUCUCGCAGACGAAAUGAUCUACGUCUCAGUAUUAUAGUAACGAAUUCAAAAUGCCCCAACGAAACUAAAUAAUGUAGAAAAUGAAUGAAUGAGGUAAUUGUGCCUUUAAAUGGGAGUGUCAUGGAGCGAUCUGCUGGCUUACAUGAACCAAUAGAUUUGGACCUUUUCAUUUAGUUAGCAAACCUUUUGAUAUCUUGGGAAAUUUCCAGCAAGAUCCAAAUGUGAUGGCAUUGCCAAAAGUGUUUUCCUCUGGACCUUUUAAGAUCCCUAACCAACCUAAAAGCCAAAGUCCACUUGGUCAAAGGUACCAAACAGCAUUUCUUCAGACCCAUUCAAGACACUUUCACCAUUUGAGUCAAGAGUUUUAUUCACAUACAAGGCUAUUACAAUGGUAAAAACUUCACAAUGAUAACUCCUAGUUGGGUAACUGAACUACGUGGAUUUUAAGUCUUUCAAAUUAAAUGUCGCACAAAUGUGCAAGACAUGAUUGAAUGUCUUUUUCCUGUUUUUCCACAUUCAAAGUGUCUUGGUUGGUGACAUUUGCCAUCUUUGACUUCAAAUCUGCUGCAUCACAUCUUUGUGUGGCAUACAGAAACGCAAAUUUAAAUUAUGCACGAAUUACCGGUAUAUGGACUAUGGAGCUCUGAACUUCAUUUGUGUUUCAUAGAGAAAAAAAGGCUUGAAACAACAAGGUGAGUGAAUAAUUUUUGGAUGAAUGUAAGAUAACAUAAAUGGAAAGGCGAAUCAUCCAUACUCCUGUUCUCACAUGAUGAAAUAAUGCAAGAUGCCAGUCUUGGUGGUGGAAGAAGAGUACAUUUAUAUUAUUUCCCUACACCGGUCUGAGUAAAUAUGGCUGUAAUAUGCACAAACUAAGGCAUUUAAAUAAUCACUAAUUACACUGCAGGUCAAUAUAAUAUGAAACCAUUCAUGUUCACAUAUUAAUGCAUCACAGAUUCAUAAUUUUAAGUGGACAUGUCAUUGACUUCAGGUACUCAAACAGAUCUUGCAAAGGGCUUUACACAGCAGCACCGUCCAAAAGCUGUUUCUGCUUCCUUUAUUGGGAGCAAAUCUCACUGCUGUCUGACUCUCUGAACUCUCAGAGACACUGCGAUGGAAACAGCAGCUUCUUUCUCUAGUAGUAGUUGUUACUAAACAUAUCAAAACAAUGAACGCUCGAGUCAUAGUCGACCUGAGUGUGUGUUACUGUUAGUGUGAGCAUAUCUGCCUCGAUACUGAUUAAACCGCUUUGGUCCUCCUGUUCCUUCAGCUGGUCACACAGUAACUUGUUUUUAUUUCUUAUUUAUUUUCUCUCUCAUUGGUUCUGUAAUUGAUAAUGAGGUCUACAUCUCACACAACGGAUGACGUUUGGGCUUAUAUAAAAUAAUAAAUAUUCACCCAAACAUGCUGUCAUCAUUUACUAACCCGAAUGUUCGGUCCAAACCUGUAUGGAUACUCAAGUGUUCGUGAUUCAAAAAGGAGAAGUGGUAUAAAAGUAUUAUGAAAAUAGUCCAUACAGGUUGUGUGCUAUAUUGUUGUGGCUCAACAGCGUUGAACGAGGAACAGUCCAACAUCAGCAGGCUAUUUGAUGGGAUCGUAACAUCGGCCCUAGCCGCUCCAGCUGUGUUCAUGAAUGUUCGAUGUUAAGUUUGUGAACAAAUCAUUCUUUUGAGUCAGAUCAUUUCAAUUCAUUGACCCGGCUGAACUACUUUUAUAAUCUUUUUUUUAUUAAGCUUCAAGGCAGAUGUAACAUCAUACAGGUUCAGAGAGUAAAUGAUGACAGAAUGUUGAUUUUUGAGUCUGUAAAGAAUAACGGAUAAUUUAGCACAUGCUGUGUCUAAACUACUGUAUGUUUGUCUUUGUGAUGUUAAACUGUUUGAUGUAAACCACCAACCUUUCCUUUCUAAAUUUAGCCCUUAGAAUAACUCUCAACUGCCUUUAAGAUACUAGACAUUAAAGAGGAUCUAUUUUUAACAAAAUGUCUGAUUACAAAGGCUUUAAAGUCAUGCAUGUUGAAUGAAUGGAUAAAUUAU